AGAACAACUAGAGACGAUUCUAGAUGUGGUAGUCUCUUAUAUACUUCUUUCCUUUCUAAAGUUGGUUUCUCCUGGUCUUCUCGCCUGCUCUCGAGCAGAUAGAAAAGCAGCGUAAAGUUCAGCACAGAAACAAACUAUGAGCAAUAUGUCCACAGAAUUGCUACUUUCAUGCCUCUGCAUAAUCCUCAUUUCUCUCAUUGUAAACACCAUAGCAAUUAGCACCAGCAGAGAAACUCUAGAAUUUGUCAUUGGUACUAGAGGAAGAGGCGUAAACAAAAGCUGCAAGAAUGAAAAUCAUAAGAAUAACAAAAUACCCAUUCCACUAGAGUGUCCAAAAGUGGCAGUUCCUCUACCCCCAACCCCAUCUCUACCUCUCAAAGCAGAAGUCUUAGUAUUUGCUGAUCAAAGGCUAGCUGUGGUGUUCCCUGUCGUCCAAAAGUUUAAGUCUAUAAUCACCUCAGAUCCUUUUGGUAUCACUAAGACCUGGGUAGGCUCAGACAUAUGCAGCUAUAAAGGUUUCUUCUGCGACAACCCUCCAGACAACAAGUCAGCGAUAGCUGUUGCCUCCAUAGACUUCAAUGGAUUCCAACUUGCUGCUCCCACUCUCAAUGGAUUCCUUGAUCAGCUUCCUGAUAUUGCACUCUUUCAUGCGAAUUCCAACUUCUUUUCUGGUACUAUCUCCCCAAAUAUUGCUACGCUUCCCUAUCUCUACGAACUUGAUAUAAGUAAUAAUCUAUUCUCUGGUUCAUUUCCCUCGGCGGUUCUUGGCAUGAAUAGUCUAACGUUCUUGGACAUUCGGUUCAAUUUCUUUUCUGGGUCAGUACCUCCUCAAUUAUUUACACAACCAUUCGAUGCUCUCUUUCUCAAUGACAACAAUUUCAUGACGAGUUUGCCUGACAAUUUAGGAAGCACCCAUAUUCUUUUUCUCACCUUAGCCAACAAUAAAUUCAUCGGUCCACUUCCAAGAAGCAUUUUCAAGGCGUUUUCCUCUCUAACUGAGGUCCUACUCUUAAACAACCGGCUAACCGGUUGUUUACCAUAUGAGAUAGGCAAUCUGAAAGAGGCCAUAGUGUUCGACGCUGGCAACAAUCAGUUGACUGGUCCAUUACCCUUUUCUCUUGCUUGUCUAGAGAAGGUGGAACAGCUGAAUUUUGCUGGUAAUCUGUUAUUUGGAAUGGUGCCGGAGUUGGUCUGCGAGCUGGAAAAUUUGGUUAACUUUUCUUUGUCUGAUAAUUAUUUUACAGCGGUCGGGCCAUUGUGUAGAAUUUUAAUAGAGAAAGGAGUGCUUGAUGUUAGAAACAAUUGUAUCCCUGAUCUUCCCUUCCAAAGAUCGGUAAUGGAAUGUGCAAAUUUCUUUGCACAUCCCAAGUUCUGCCCCAGAAUGUGGUCUUACAGAUAUAUUCCUUGUAAGCAUCCUUUUAUUUCAGGUUCUAUGAUUCCUGAAAUGGCUCCUUCACCAUGACCAAUGCACCUGUAUGUCUACUACGUAUUUCGAAUUCUUUAAUUAAGAUUUUGUUUGCAUGUUUAGUCAUGCUCUUCACUUAGUUCAAGUUAUGGAAAAAUCUCGCAAUUCUAUGCUCAAGUUAGGAAAAACUAUAUGGAAAAUUUUAGUGUACUGUCCCCUUUGAACGACUAUCUGUAUGUUUAGUAGUAGAAAACUCAGCAUUAUGCAAUUAGCAUCCAAUUAUGUUGAGUAUUAAUUACAUUCCAUUUAUGAACCAAAAGAAAGGA